GUGGAGGUGUGAAAUAGAACAACAUGCGAUGGAUAACUGUUCAAAUUCAGGUGUGCUGUAGAACCGGGGGCAUAUCCAGAGAGCUAGACACCAUUCCCAGACCCUCACUCUUGUCUGCUCCUUGUGUGUGUGUGUGAGUGUUUCUGGAUACGAGAAUGGCAGUGUUUAAUCAGUCAUCGUCACUGCUCUGGAGUUAUCUCUGUAUGGUCACACUGGCUCUGAUGGCUGGUGUGUGUCUGGGAGGAUCUGACUCGCCCCGAGGCGUCUCCUUACCUUUUGUGUUCGACCUGAAAGCAGUGUGUGAUCCACCAUGCAGACAUGCUGGGAUCUGUAUCCGAAACAACACCUGCUUGUGCUCACGGGGUUAUGAAGGAGAGAGCUGCCAGUAUGCUAACUGUGAACCAAAGUGUAAAAAUGGGGGUGAAUGUCUCCGACCUGGAAAGUGCAGAUGUCCUCCAGGACUUGGAGGAAAAUAUUGUGAAAAAGUGACAUGUGAUGAUGGCUGCUGGAAUGGAGGAGAAUGCAUUGCAGUGAACGGACAGGCCAAGUGCAUUUGUCCCUCCAGCUGGACUGGAUCCAAAUGCCAGGAAGCAAUCUGUCCUCAGGGUUGUCAGAAUGAAGGCAGCUGUGUGGCUCCAGGAAUUUGCAGCUGUCCAGAGGGAUGGUUAGGGGGAGCCUGUCACAUCGCUGUGUGUAAGAAGUCGUGUCUUAAUGGUGGGAAGUGUGUGUCUCCAGACAAGUGUCGUUGUCGCACUGCGUUUUCUGGCCCCCAGUGUGAGGACAGAAAAAAGCUCUUUUGAUCUCUGCAAUUACACUCCCUCAGAGCUGGAGACUUGACCAACAUGGUGCUCUACAUUUAAAUUUGUUCGGUCAUUCGUACGUUUUACAUUUGUUUUCAUAUAUAAACAAAUUUGUUAUAUUUUAUGUAUGCUGUGUGAUAAUAUGACAUUUAAUGAAUUAAUGUAGGUUUAAGUUUGUGUGUGUAUAAUGUGUGUCCGGUUCAAAACUUGGCAUUACUUUUGGAUAUUAUAAUGGACAUUCGAUUCAGUGGUACUGUACACUAUCUCAGCUACAUUUGUUUUUGUCUGCUUUCAUGACAGUAACAAAAUAAAAAAAAUAUCU